AGAUCUUAUAAAUUGAGAGUAGGUAACUCCUAAUUGCUUGCUCAAACACCUUUCAUUUAUAAACAACGUAUUUUCAAAACUUCUCAUCUAUUUUCAAAACUUUCAUCUGGUAUUUGAAGGGCAUUAUUCCCGGUGAAACUCUUCAGACCUAUGUGACCGAGUGUCCAUCUUCACUUCUUCUGUUUUCAAAUCAAUUUCAAAACUGUUUUCAAUCAAAACUUUCAAUCACUGUUUUCACAAAAAACAAAUUUCAAAAGAUAAAACUUUGUAGGCAUCCGCCAAGGAUUAUUACAAAGUCAAACCAUUCAAAAAAUGAUAUUUGUAUACAUCUGCCAAGGAUUAUUACGAAGUCAAAACAUUUUCCAACACACACCCACACCCACUUUUCAAGCAAACAAAAUCAAACAAGGAAAAAGUGAUCUAAGCAAAAUUAAGAGCCUAUGGAUAACCAUGGAUACAAAGGGUGCUUAAAACCUUCCCUUUGUAUAACCAACCCCCCGAACCCAAAAUCUGUCAAAAGGUCUUUCCUGUUCUUUUAUGUCUUUCCUAUUUGGAUAAAAUAAAAGUCGGUGGCGACUUUUGCAAAAAUAUAAAAAAUCAAAUAAAAAAGAGUAAGGAGUCAGUUCGCCUCAAAAAACCGAGAUGAUGAACUGGAGAAGUGUGUAUGGCACACACUAGAUGAUGAACUGGUUGAGAUUAUCUAUAUUGCAGGAGAAGUGUGUAUGGCACACACUAGAUGAUGAACUGGUUGAGAUUAUCUUUAGGAAAAGAGCAUCAACACGACUUUCAGACAUGCUUAGGCGUGCCAGGCUUGGAUAUGAAGAAAGAGGUAUCAGACCUUCAUGGAUGGAUGAAAAUGUGUUUAAUGAAAUGCUUGUUUAUUUGAAAUCAGAUGAGUUUAAGAAAAAAUCUGAAAAAGCAAAGCAGCGUAGAGCAUCAGAAAAGGGAGCUGCUAAUCAUAGAGUCGGAAGCAUUAGUAUUACUGAUCAUGUUGAUCGGAUGGUUGUGGCUAAGAGAAGAACUCCAUUAAUGCAAGAGCUUCCAAGAGGACUUACCGGGGAAGAGAUGGAGAGAAUUGCGACGACCGUGCUAGAGAUACUCAAGUAAGAUGAUAUUAUUAUUUCUUCUCUUUGGUUUAAUUUUGACCUCUCGUUAAUUUUACUUCUCUUUUUUUUUUGUUUAUCACUACCGGUAUAGUCCGGUUCGGGGGUCAGUUCUGACAUCAAGUGGUUCUAGUCCCCUUUUGAUCGUAGUUGCGUGGAUCGAACCAUAGUCCUCCCUACCAAAUUCAGCGUCAAUCACCACUGAACCAAUUAACGAUUGGUUAAUUUUACUUCUCAUUAGAGAUAAAAACAAUUAAUUAUAGGGUUUUUAGGGUACUUAGCAUUAAAAACUAUACACUACUCAACUCCCCUUAUUAUGAUUUAUACCAUUGUACAAGUCUUAUAUUUUAACAGAUACAUAAAAGUCUUUAUAUUUUGUUAAUAAAAAUAAACAUAGUCCAUUUGUAUGUAUCAACUUUUGUAUAUGCAAAGUGCUUUAAAUGAGAAAGUGUAGUAUAUAUAUUUAGAGGUGGCAAAACGGUUCGUGGCGCGCUGGGCCAGCCCAGGCACCCACCAAAAAGUGACGGCUUGGAUUGACAUUUUAGGCCCGCCGUCCGCCAUAGCCCGCCACGCAAAAACCCGCCGCCCGUCAAAGUCCCCUGCCCGCCAAAACUCGCCGCUCUGUCAA